AUGAAGUUUUCUACUACCGCUGGUAUUACUUUAGCCUUAUUAACUGCUGUCCAAGCUGCUGUAAUUCCAGAUACUUGGCCACACAAGAAGCCAAAUCCUUGCUUCGAGGCUGGUGAAGAUGUCCUCCUUAGUAGUAAUGACAAAUUCGAAUUACACGUCAGAAAGUAUGGUGGUAAUCAUAAAAGAGGUGACGCUGGGAACAAUGGCCAUGUUGGAACUGUCACCACCAUCCAUAUUGUAACUGACACAGUUAUGGUUCCAUGUAGCACUUCCACAACUCCAGCCCCACCACCACCUCCUCCUCCUCCUCCACCUCCUCCAACUCAUACGACCGCUCAUUUACCAUUUGCUGUUGUCACUGAAGAAUCUGAUGGUCAAGCUGAAUACCCACUCGAUGAUGUUGACCCGCCAUACCUCUACCUCCCAGAACCAGAUGCCCAAAGUGGAAGUGAUUUCCAUACUGAUUCCAAAGGAUUCUUCCACCAUAGUGAAGACACUGGUGACUUAAUCUUCCAUCUUCAUGAUGGUGUUAUUAAGGAUGAACAAGGUAGAAUUGGUGAAAUUGUUUCCAAUCAUCAAUUCCAAUUCGAUGACAUCCCACAACCAAAUGCUCUUUAUAAUUGUGGUUGGUCAGUUGUUAAGCGUGAUGACGAUUGGUUGUUGGCACUUGGUGAACAAAUCGUAUUCUGGGAAUGUUCUGCUGGUACCUUCUUCAAGUUGUACGAUGCUUCCAUUGAUUCUAUCUGUGUUCAAGUUGAAUUUGAAGUUAUCAUUGCCGAUUAUUAG